AUGGCCAACAAGGCAAAACUUGAGGCACUCCUGACUCUGAUCAACACGUCUGCACGAGAUGCCAUCGCGUUGUAUGAGCAGUACGGUGAUGUACCUGCCAUCGACCAGACGGAGCCCCACCCGUUGGACAAUGCGAUCGACCAGAUAGCUUUGAAGAGUGCUAUUCGUAUUCUUGAAGGUGCUUGUGCUCAGAUAUGCGCAACGCUUGCUCCACCUGCCCACACUGCAGUCAGCCUUGUCCAAGUGUAUGAUCCUGCUUGUAUGCGAGUAGUUGCUCGGGAACAUGUUUCGGAUAUCUUGUCAAAGUACCCUAAGGGCCUUCACGUCAAUGAGCUCUCCAAGAAAAUCAACAUCGAGCCAAAGAAAUUGGCCAGGAUAAUGCGCCUCUUAGCCACUAGAGGUUGCUACAAUGAAAUUGACGUGAACGUUUUUGCCAACAACCGACUUUCUCUAAUCCUACUCGACGAGAAUCCUGUCAAAUACAUGAUCUUGUUGCAUGUGGACGCAGCUGCCAAGGGAGCAUCAGUUUUUUAUGAAACACUCAAAGAUCCGAAGAUUGCCUACUCAUAUGAGCCAACGGUUGCCCCUGUAAUGUACGCCAUCAACAAAAAUGGAACUGAAGGAACGUUUUUCGACCGGAUAGCGCGGCAUGACGGUCAGCGCGAGUCCUAUCAUACAUCGAUGAGAGGUCUGAACGGCAUUAUGGGCUCGCUCGCCAUCCUGAAUCAUUUCCCUUUCGGAAAGUUCUCAACAGUCGUCGACGUUGGAGGAGGUAUCGGAGCAUUUUCUCUGCCUUUGGCUAAAAUGCACAAAAAUGUUAAAAUCACAAUUCACGAUCUUCCGGAAGCAUUGAUCCAGGCGAGACACAUAUGGGCGAGAGAAUAUCCUGAAGCCCUGGCAGAAAAUAGAGUCGAGUUUGAGGAGUUGGACUUCUUCAAACAAGUGCCAGUGAAGGGUAAGGACAUCUACUAUCUCAGAAAUAUAAUCCACGACUGGCCUGACCACGAAUCUGUGCUCAUUCUUUCAAACCUUCGCAAGGCGCUUGGUCCAAACAGCCGCGUCCUCAUCCAUGACUAUGUGCUCCGCCAGCUCAGCCGCAAGCAGGCAGCAAUAGAAGCUUCAGAGUUAGGAGUUGUUCCGGCUCCUGAACCUCUUCUUGCGAACUUUGGUGUUGGAAAUAUGCGUUCAUACCAGCAAGAUAUGACUAUGUUGUUUAUACACAACUCAAUGGAGCGCACACUGCUAGACUCCCUCACACUCGCCACUGCGGCCGGUCUGAAACUAGAGAAAGUUUGGGACCUUGUCGAAGCCUGCGUCUUGGAGUAUUCUGCUGCCUAA